ACCCUUCAAUUAUAGACGAACGGUUGUGAUCGCAUGUCAGUCGCUCUCCAUAACCACGGGAAAAGUCGUUCGAAAACGCGCCCGCGAAGGAGACGACGCACCGCCCUCGACGUUCCCGGGGAAAGCGCACCGCACUGCCGCACCGCUGGCAGGCGAAGGACCAAAAGAGGCCGCCGACGGAAGCUCGCUGCGCGGGAGGGAGGGGGCGCUAUGGCGCAGGCGGCGCCGGGGCGGACGCUGCUGCUGGUGAACCUGGCGGCCAUCAUGGAGCGCGCCGACGAGGCGCUGCUGCCGGCGGUGUACCGGGAGGUGGGCGCCGCGCUGCACGCCACGCCCAUGGGGCUCGGCGCGCUCACCCUGUACCGCUCCUUCGUGCAGGCCGCGUGCUACCCGCUCGCCGCCUACGCCGCCGUGCGCUACAACCGCGCCCACGUCAUCGCCGUGGGGGCCUUCCUCUGGGCCGCCGCCACCUUCCUCGUCGCCGUCUCCGGCACCUUCGCCCAGGUCAAAUAUAUUUGCAUGAAAACAUGCUUCUUUGGGCAGGUAGCAGUAGCUAGGGGAUUGAAUGGCAUUGGUCUAGCACUCGUCACUCCCGCUAUCCAAUCUCUAGUGGCAGACUACACUGAUGAUAAUACGCGGGGUUCUGCGUUUGGAUGGCUUCAACUUACAGGCAACAUAGGUUCAGUGAUUGGAGGCUUGUUCUCUAUCAUGCUAGCAUCGACCACAAUCGUGGGUAUCGCCGGCUGGCGUAUCGCAUUUCACAUUGUUGCGCUCAUCAGUGUGAUGGUCGGGGCGUUGGUCUAUCUAUUUGCAGUGGACCCUCAUUUCUGCAACGGUGAGAAUGAUGAGCAGCUCGUGCGCAAGUCGGCGUGGGCAGAGAUGAAGGGUUUGGUUGCAGAAGCCAAGGCUGUCGUGAAGAUACCAUCGUUUCAGAUCAUCGUGGCUCAGGGUGUCACAGGGUCAUUCCCAUGGUCGGCAUUGUCAUUUGCCCCAAUGUGGUUGGAGCUGAUGGGCUUUACACACAACAAAACAGGACUUCUCAUGGCAAUAUUUGCAUUGGCAAGCUCACUUGGAGGGCUCUUCGGUGGAAAGAUGGGGGAUUAUCUCUCUGUUCACUACCCGGAUUCUGGCAGGAUAGUGCUGUCUCAAAUAAGCUCGGGUUCUGCACUCCCGCUUGCAGCUUUGUUGCUGCUUGGACUACCUGAUGACUCAUCUACCGGUGUCUUGCACGGACUUGUUAUGUUUAUCAUGGGGCUAAGCAUCUCCUGGAAUGGCCCUGCUACUAACAGCCCCAUAUUUGCAGAGAUCGUUCCUGAGAGAUCAAGGGCAAGUAUCUACGCGUUGGACCGUUCCUUCGAGUCGGUCCUAGCCUCAUUUGCUCCACCAGUCGUCGGCUUUUUAGCCGAGCAUGCAUACGGCUACAACCCUAUCUCAUAUGGGGCUGCAGUGAGCAGUCUUGCGAGGGACAGGUCCAAUGCCGCAGCGCUAGCGAAAGCUCUUUACACGGCGAUUGCCAUCCCGAUGCUGAUGUGCUGCUUCAUCUACUCGCUGUUGUACCGGACAUACCCGCGCGACAGGGAGAGAGCAAGAAUGCACUCUCUUAUCACAUCGGAGUUGCAGCAUAUCGAGCUGGAAAGGUGUCAUGGAGUAGGAGACUUCUACGCGGGAAGGGAGGAUGCCACUGUGAUCGAUAUUGAGUAUGGUGAGGAAGAGCUUGAUGCUAAUGACGAUGAAAAAGCGUUGAUGCAUCACCAAGUUGAAUGGUAGUCUCAGGUGAUCAGGGCGUGAUAUGUACAGGAAGUUGUGGGAGAGUUCAGGAUUAUGCUUUGCAUAGGCCAGAAGAUAGAUUGCAUAUUUUCAGGGGAUCAGUUUGCCCAGGUGUUGUUUGCAGGUUGCAGCGAUACUGGAAUAGAUUUCACUUUAGUUCUUACUUUGUUGAUAGUAUAAAAAUAUUGCUUUA